AUGUCUUGUUGCUCUUUUCGCCGCUGCGUUGACACAUGGGCGCGAGGUGGCAACUUCCGUCUUCACGCGCCCGCACGCUCCGGGGCGGCCGGGGGAGGUGCAGCCUGGGAGGACAGCGCAGGCAGCCGUGUGGGCGGCGCGGCCGUGUGUGGCGCUGCUGCGCUGCAGGCUAAGUCCCCGCACGGUGGCUGCUUGGCGGCGGUGCUCCCUCAUUACUGUGCCGCAGCGCACGUCCCAGUUUGCUUUCCCACGCUACGCGGCGGGGGAGGCAACUCUCCCCGCCGGUGUUGGGCCGCGGUGUGUCGCCGGCCCCGGCAGGGCCGCACAGAGGUGCCUCGCCGCGGCGCAACGCGCAUUGCGGCUAUUUGCUUCCCUAGCAGGCUGCGGGCGCCGUGCAUUUCCCGUGUCCGUCGCUGCGCCCGCCGCCCCUGUCAUUUUGCCUUCGGUGUAGGGCCGUUGGCCCGCGGCCCCCCAGUGGAGGGUCAUUCCCUUCGCCUUUUCCUCUUCGCGCUCUGCGUCCUCGGCGGCGGGGGCCUGGGCCACUGCGGCGGUGCGCACUGUCUGCUUCCGCAACUUGCUGUGAGUGUGUCUUCUCUGACCUUUUCCCCCACGACUCUCUUUCCCUUUCUCUCUCUCACGCGCACAAGGAAGGAGACCGACCGCUAA